CAUGCUUGCAACUGGCCGUAUUCAAAUAAGCAAAUAAUUCAACACGCUAGCAUGGAUAUUUCUUUAAAUAUAGCGACUGGACCACCUAAUGCACGAAAUAAAUCUGUUCCUGCAAAAAAGAAGACCUCUGCAGGUGCAACAUCGCGAAGUGAUGGUGGCUUUUCGUUUUCAUUCGGCGGACCUCAACAUAAAAUAAAAGCAAUUGUAGCGCGUAAACGUCCAGUUAAAAAGCUCCCAACGACUGAUGAAGGCAAAAAACCUGCGGAAAAACCUGUAGUACAACUUUCUCAGAGCAAAAAUUCGGAAAAGAAAAGUGUCACUACGAGCCCAAAUGUUGUCGAAUCAUCUAAUACACAUAACGAAUUUAGUAAAUUUGAGAACCCCAAGUCGUCCAACAAUUCCAUGGAUAAUGGGCUCAUACUUAAUAUUGCCACGAAUUCCGUACCGAGUGAGCGACCCAAACCAAAACAAAAGCUUAGUCAAGCUGAGCGUUUGCGAAACAUAGCCAAACAGAAAAGUGAAGAGACAAAAGAUAAUUUUACAAAGAAAUCAUUUCAUAAAAAUGCAAAGAUAUCAUUUCAUAAAAAUGCAAAGAAACCUUUCAAUCAACGCAACAAUUUGAAGCAGAAAAAUCCACAAAAUGAGGAAAGUAGUGCUGAAGUCCCAGAAAAUGGUGUGAAUUUAGCAGCACGUAAAGCAAAUGCAUUCCGUGUUGUUAGACCCGAAGACAAAUCAGUUAAGAAAGUUGGUCUCUUUGCAAAAACUCCUAAUACACCUGUUAUGGGCCAGCGAUUUGUUAAACCAAUAGCGGAACGACUUUUUGAUGGUACAAAAAUUGAAUCACUCGACAUUCACCCACAUGCGGUGAAGAAUUUAGCAGAUGUGCUGAGUAUUGUUGAACUAACGACUGUGCAGAAGAAGACAAUUCCACUGGCGCUAGAAGGUAAAGAUUUGCUUGUACGUUCACAGACUGGCUCGGGUAAAACUUUAGCUUACGCUUUGCCUGUAGUCGAAAAAUUGCAGGCGGUGCGUCCAAAGAUAACACGUGACUCAGGCGUAUUAGCCGUAGUCAUUGUGCCCACUCGCGAAUUGGCCGUGCAAACGUAUGAACUUUUUCAAAAGCUAGUCAAACCAUUUACGUGGAUCGUACCCGGUGUGCUCAUGGGCGGUGAACGUCGCAAGGCAGAGAAGGCACGCAUACGUAAAGGCAUUAACAUAUUAGUUGGCACGCCUGGACGCGUGUUGGAUCAUUUGCUGCACACCGAGACUUUUAAAGUACACAAAACAAAAUUUUUAGUGCUAGACGAAGCAGAUCGCCUGUUGGAAAUGGGUUAUGAACGUGAUGUCAAACAAAUUGUAGAAGCCAUCGAUACACAACGUUCCAAAUCAGCUGAAGAUGGCACUGUUACCGAAGAACAUCUACAACGUUUAUUAUUAUCGGCAACGCUUACUGCCAAUGUGCAACGACUGGCUGGUCUCACACUGAAAGAACCCGUUUUCGUUGACAACAGCGAUGAAGACGCCUCGAGCAUACCUAAAACUAAUGGCUAUACUAAGAGCGACAUUGAAGCUUUAACAGCAGACGCACCGGAUGACGAUGAAGAGACGAGCAUAAUGACUAUACCAGAUAAUUUGAAAUUGCAUUUUACAGUUGUGCCACCAAAACUGCGCUUGGUUACUUUGUGCGCCAUUUUAGCGCAUGAGUUCGGUGAUAAACAGCGCUUAAAGGCCAUCGUCUUUAUGAGCACAAUGGAAAUGGUAAAUUUCCAUCAUGAUUUGCUAAAUGAAUUGCUGACACAAAAAGUGCUCGAUGAAGAUGACGAGGAAGUGAUUAAGGAGGAGGACGAAAGUGAAGAUGAUGAUGAAACUCCGUUACUUAAGGGCUUACGAUUUUUUAAGUUGCAUGGCUCAAUGACACAAACCGAACGACAAGGUGUGUUCAAUGGCUUUCGCGAGUGUAAAUCUGGUGUGCUGCUCACAACGGAUGUGGCGGGUCGUGGCAUUGAUGUGCCUGAAGUUGAUUUGGUUGUGCAGUAUUCCCCACCGCAAAAGAUUGCAGAUUUCGUGCACCGAGUUGGCCGCACCGCACGCGCCGGGCACAGCGGUAAAGCGCUUUUGCUGCUCUCACCCUCCGAGGCACAGUUUGUACGCUUUCUGGAGGAUAAGCGCAUAAGAAUAUCACAAGUUGAUAUGGAUGAUUAUUUAAAGACGCUCAUUGAGCAUGACGAUGAAGCGAACACAAUGCAAGAAGCGGCGUCAAAUCUGCAGCACAAAUGUCAAGAACUCAUAGCUGAUGAUAAAGAAAUGCAUAAUAAAGCGUGUAAAGCCUUCGUAUCCUGGACGAAAUUCUAUUCCGCCUUCCCGAAAGAGCUGAAACCGAUAUUUAAUAUCAAAAACGCACAUAUGGGUCAUUUUGCAAAAAGCUUUGCUCUGAAGGAUCAACCAAAAACAUUUACGAAGAAGCAUUCUGAGCCAAAACCGGCGCCACCCACGAACCGCUUGACUUACUCAGAAAGGGAUCCCGAAAAAAUUAAACAGGAAAAACGUGCCAAAAAGCGUAUGUUCUCCACCACAGUGACCAACGAAGUACGCAAUCCAAAUCGGCAGCAAGUCAAUAAACUAGUGAAAAUGUUGCCUGCCUCCCGAGCCCUCACCACAUCAGAGUUUGACAGUGGCUUGCCUUCGCUUAAGAAACGAAAGAAAGCUUAAGAUUCUUAGAUGUUGGCAUUUAUUUGUUGUGUUUUUUAAUCGGAUCUAAUACAUAUGUGUAGUUUUUGACCACUCUGUAUACUAAAUGGAAAUUUUGGUAUAUAAAUGAAAAAAAUGUAAAA